AUGGCCUGCAUCCUGAAAAGAAAGUCUGUGAUUGCAGUGAGCUUCAUAGCAGCGUUCCUCUUCCUGCUGGCUGUGCGCCUUGUGAAUGAAGUGAAUUUUCCAUUGCUACUAAACUGCUUCGGACAACCUGGUGCAAAGUGGAUACCAUUCUCCUACACAUACAGGUGGCCCCUUCGAACUCACUAUGGAUACAUAAAUGUGAGGACGCAAGAGCCUUUGCAACUGGACUGUAACCUUUGUGCCAUAGUGUCAAACUCAGGUCAGAUGGUUGGCCAGAAGGUGGGGAACGAGAUAGAUCAGUCUUCCUGCAUUUGGAGAAUGAACAAUGCCCCCACCAAGGGCUAUGAAGAAGAUGUUGGCCGCAUGACAAUGAUUCGAGUUGUAUCCCAUACCAGCGUUCCUCUUUUGCUGAAAAACCCUGAUUAUUUUUUCAAGGAAGCAAAUGCUACUAUUUAUGUUAUUUGGGGCCCUUUCCGCAAUAUGAGGAAAGACGGCAAUGGCAUUGUUUACAACAUGUUGAAAAAGACUGUUGACAUCUAUCCCAAUGCCCAGAUUUACGUGACCACAGAGAAGCGCAUGAGUUACUGUGAUGGAGUGUUUAAGAAGGAAACUGGGAAAGACCGAGUCCAGUCUGGCUCUUAUCUCAGCACGGGUUGGUUUACCUUCAUUCUGGCCAUGGAUGCCUGUUAUGGCAUUCACGUCUACGGGAUGAUAAAUGACACCUAUUGCAAGACAGAAGGGUAUAGAAAAGUCCCCUACCAUUACUAUGAACAAGGAAGAGACGAAUGUGAUGAAUAUUUUCUUCAUGAACACGCCCCAUAUGGGGGGGCAUAG